AAAAAUAGCAGAAAUAACUCAAUAGCACUCAAAUACUAAAAAUGUGGUCUAUGAUCAAUAAUGUGAUUCAUCACUAUUGGAUUUAUUUAUACAAAAAAACUUAAUUUAAAAGCAUGCAUGCAUAAAACAAAGUGGCUACAGAUGUUCACAAUCCACAAUCCCAUAAUUAUAUUAUAUGACUGACAGUGUGGUUUAUCAUGGACAUUGUAAGGAAGUCACAAGGCAUCUGCAGACCACUUUCCCUAUGUAUGUCAUUCCCAGCAUAAAACCGGUACAACAUUAAAUUGUAUAUAGCAAGGCUGCAAAAGUCGUGGCAGCCAUUUUGUUUGAGGCUGAAUCCUGCUUAGCAAUGCUACCGCAUUACUAAUUAUUAUUUCCUCCAUAACUCAAAAUUAACAAUCCAAACUUUCUGCAUGUGUGUGACAAGGGCAUUAAUUCGCACUGGCAUGCAAAUAGAGAAUUGGCAUGUCAAAAAUUCCUGCAAAAACAACAAUAUACACAAUUGCGCUCACUGAACUCAAUCUCCCAUAAUUAAUGCCAUUUUAAUAUCUACUGUUGCUAGUGAGACAAAAAUUAACCUGUUAUUACAUAAUGUAUCAAAACAAACCAGUUGUCUAACACAAAUGUGUAACCUAGCAAAUAAUGAUGAAUCAAUUGGUAUGUAAAACUAAUUAAUCCUAGGACUCAUUACAUAAACUACAAAGUACAUAAGUGCAUGACUGUAUGGUGUAUGCAUAAUUAUUACUGUUAAUAGGAUUUAUAUGAGGAAUUAAAUAGUUGAGAUAUGAAGGGCGAGGUACUAAUGUUAUUUUAAAACUACUCCUGUUCAAACACAUUGCUCAAAUGAAGUCAUGUGUGGUGCUCUACACGAAUCACACAUAUGGCAGGUAUGCUCACACACACACACACACACGACUCAUAAAUUUAUUUAUAGCUGCAGGUAAAAUUACAUAUUAACAAAUAUACAGUGCAACAGGUGUAAUAAUAUGAGGCUAAUGGAGCCUUUAAAGUGGUCGUGAAGCAAUUAAUAUGGAGCAUCUGCAAAUAUACCAUAAGGCAGCUGUCAGCACUUAGGUAACAGCACACAUUGAUAACAUUGGUAAGUAUAUGAGACUAAACAAAUUAUGGACACCUGUUGAGAACCAAAAUAUCUUAAUUAUAAAUUAAAUAUCAAUAAGUACAAACAGCUUAUAGAGAUAAUGUCAAACUAAUCUGUUUUGCUCAAUAACGCUUAUAUAGAUGCAAUGAUGUGUCAUAAUUGAUGGUUGAGCCAACACAAUGUAGCCCUCACCUUCUAAUAUAAUAUUAUGGUUACUAUUUACUUUUAUCUCUAUCAACAACAAGUGCCAUUAUACUGGAGGAAUGAAUCAAAGUUAAAUAAAGCCAUACAUGUAUUAUAAGGGCAUACGUCAAAUGCAUGGGAUACAUUAUGAUUGAUAAGCAAGACAGAGAUAUGUUGACACGAAGCGAGAGACCAAAUAGACAUAAGUUUUCAUUUCAUAAUUAAAAACUAAACAACAACAACCCAUUGUCAAAGGAGCAACAGUCCCACAGCAUUAGUAAGCAUUCAUUAUGCAAUAUACAUGUACAUGCAUGCCUGAAGCUAGUGGCAUAAACUCAUUAGUAACGGUACAACCCACAACUGGAUGAUAUCAAGAGAGUAUAUAAGGCCAGACUUCCAGGCACACAUAGGAAGCAACAAAACUGUGAUAUACUAGAAGAAGAGCUAGACAUCUGUCUUGAUUAUUAUAGUGAGACUGAGACUUCAAAGAGAUAUAAUGAGAAAACUGGUGGGUAUACUGCUAAUGGCAUCAACCAUAUUUCAGGUUGUACUAGCAGCAUCAAUGCAGAACAGAUCGUGUCCUAUACAAAACUGCAGAGAAGGUCAGAUAUUCAAUCAGGAGUCCUGCCAGUGUGAAUGCGCUGGUAUCACAACUUGUUCCAGUGGUCAAUACUUUAGCACAUCAUCCUGUGAAUGCAAGUGCUCCUCUGGGAGCAAGCACUGCAUUGGCAAAACAAAAUACAACGCCUCGUCCUGCAGAUGUGAGUGUCCACACAAUGCAAUCGGGAGCUGCCCUCCAUUGCAGCAUUUCAAUCCAUUCACUUGCCAGUGCGUGUGUCCUUAUUCAUACUCUGAGUGUCAAAGACCGUAUGUCUACAAUCGCCACACUUGCAAGUGUGAGUGUCCAUCCACUACUCUACAGUGCACUAGGCCCGGGCAGUUCCUUAAUACCACGACCUGUGAGUGUCAGUGUCUUCCUUGUCCUUCCGGUAAAGUGCGUGCUGGAAAUAGCUGUCACUGCCUCUGCACUAAUCAAUGCCCAAGAGGACAAAGCAACAACGACACGUGUGACUGUGUUGCUGCCACAAAACGUUGUCAGAGAAACUUUGAACUGGACAAAACAGCAAGUUGCGUCUGUUUAAAAGCAUGCCAGUAUCCUUUAACACUCAAUACAGCAAAAUGUACGUGUGACUGCAACAUCAACUGCAUGCCCUCCUAUACACGUAAUGAAGCCAACUGCACCUGUUCCUGCAAUAGGAAAUGUCCCUACCCUUUGACACUGGAUCAAAAUACUUGUACUUGCGGCUGUAAUAAAAGGUGCCAGCCUCCAUUUACACUUGAUCAAGAAAACUGUGAGUGCAGGUGUCCCCUACAAUGUCAACCACCAUAUCAACUAAACAGAAAUAAUUGUACUUGCGAGUGUAAUUUAAAGUGUCCCUUCCCAAAAAUGUUAGACACCAAAUCUUGCAGCUGCUUCUGUCCACUGAUAUGCAAGCCACCUUACGUACUAAACACAGAGUCUUGCAGUUGUGAAUGUCCUAAACAGGACUGCCAAUCCCCAGACUACUUCCUCAAUACCACAACAUGUCAAUGCCAAUGUAACAGAACAUGUACUUUGAGGCAAUUUCUCAAUAAAAAUACAUGUACAUGUCAAUGUCCAGUUGUCUGUAGGCCUCCGUUCAUCCUCAAUUCCACUUCGUGCGAUUGCUACUGUCCAUUGAAAUGCAGUGAGUCGUUCGAGCUGGAUCCUAACAACUGUCAAUGCCAGUGUAACAAGAGAUGUGAGUUUCCAUUCAUCCUUAACACAAGCACGUGUGAGUGUAGCUGCCAUUUCUUGAUAUGCAAGCCUUCAUUUGAGCUUGAUAAAGACUCAUGUAGCUGUGUCUGUCGCAAGGAAUGCCAGCAUCCUUUCAAGAUCAACAACAGUUGCCAGUGUGAGUGUAGUACCAUCUGUCAGCCGCCAUUUACCCUAGACAUACCAACAUGCUCAUGUCAGUGUAACACAAACAAAGUGUGCCCUCCAGGGCAAAUACUAAACACACAAACAUGCGAAUGCGAGUGUCGACUUAAUUGCCCAUUACUAUUCCUUUUCAAUGAGACUGAAUGUAGCUGUACGUGUCCCAUAAUCUGUGAUGAGGACCACAUGCUAAACGCCACUACCUGCCAGUGUCAGAGAAAGCUAAGGAAAAGGGAAACAAAGGGCUCUCCACAGGAUUGCAGCAAGAUGGACGGCGACCCAUUAAAAUGCAGGAGUACAAAAUGCAGUAAAGACAAGUCAAAAUAUUGCAUGUAUGACAACAAAGAGCGCCAGUGUGUCUGUCCUUGCUGUCAAUCAAAGGGACAAGUCAACACGCCUUCACUGACCUCCGUGAAUUUGCUCUGCCUGAGACAAACUACUCAACCUGAUUGUCUGAUACACAGAAGUGGCUGCAACUGGACUUGCUAAUUUUA